CGGCGUCGGUCUGUUCACAUGGAUCGUGCGAGUCAUCCUCUCCCAUGGUAGCGGCACACGGUGGCGGGGGCUAUGGCGGUGUGCUUCCAGGUUCCCCUGCCGCCCCCGUACCUCCACCACACUGGAACGGCCUGGCUCGCUCCCCAUUGCCGUGGCUUGGGGCCUGCCUUGGAGUCUCCCCUUGCAGCUGGCCCACCCUGUCCUGGCCGCCCAUGCCGCCGCCCUGCUGACCAGCCGCCUGCAAGACAUGGCGCCCGCAGAAGCUGCCGCCCUCAACAGCCGCUCGCUGUUGCUCCGUCCUGGGGCUCCCUCUGGCCGCUGCUCGGGCAUGGCUGGCCGCUGGACCCUCCGCAAGUGCAGCGGCGGGCGGCCUCUUUGUGUUCCUGCAGCGCGCGGGAUGCACCUAAGGUGGAGCCGCAGAGGGGGAGCAAUGGAGGUGCAUUGGAGGGAGAGAGCCGUGUGCCCCCAGAGGCCCUCUGGCCGGCAGUGUCGCCAGCACAGCUGGUGGCGGGCUACCGGCGUGAGGUGGCGCACCAGGGGGGGCGCCUCGUGAUCCAGCCCCUGGACGCAGAGCACUACGAGGCGGCGGUGGGGCUGCUGGCGGAGUCCUUUGCGGACUCCAUUGACGCGGCGUCGCUGGUGGGCUACAUCCGCACGCAGAUUGUCAGGUACCUCGCGGAGCAGGAGCGCUUCUUCGCCAAGGGCCAGGGGGUCUGCCUGGCGGCCCUCUGGUAUCCCCCCCCUGCCUCUUCAGGGGAUCCCCCGCUGGCUCAAGCCGUGCUGGUGGGCACUGUGAGCCUCGCGUUUGCGGUGCGCAGCCUGCCCCGCUUCCCCACACUGAACGUCCCGCCCCACCGCUCCAGCGCCUACCUCUCCAACAUGGCGGUCCAGCCUAGCCACCGCAGGCGCGGCGUUGCCCGCCAGCUGUUGGUAGCCUCAGAGGAGUUGGCGGCGGCACUGGGCAAGCGCGCGCUGUAUCUGCAUGUGCGCUUUGUGGACUCCGUCCCGCAGCACGUCUACGCUGGAGUGGGGUACUGCGUGGUGGCGCGCGACACGCCCCUCAGCUGGCUCUUCCUGCAGCGCCGCCGCAGCCUCAUGCGCAAACAGCUUGCGCCACUGGCCGCCGGGCCGGGGCAAGGCUUGCAGGCUCGGGAGAGCGCAGUCUCAUGAGCUUGGCAUAACCGUACCGUCCAGACACAAUGGGGAAGAACGUGACGAUUGGUUUGAGAAUGAAAGCUGGCGUGAUAAGGUCAGACUAUAAGCAAUUGGGUCGCAUUUCGUCACUUAUUGCUGCUUUUAAUCCGUACCUCGAAUGUGUUGCUCCAUCCUUCAUGAGGCUGAGAGUUGCCCUUCAGUGUUAUUGCUUUCUGCGGAGGAAGUUCAAAUUUGCGGGGUCUUGCAUGUGCACUAAGUCGACGAUUGGGCAG